AUGAGGUUUCAACAACCGACUGUAACACAUGAAGACAUCUGUGACAUCUCUCAUCCUGCAGCCGGCUGGGACCCGGCGGACCGGCCUUCCGCACCUCAUGGGCAGCAAACAGGCCACCCGGGCUAUAUGCCAACAGGCAUUGGCACGGGUACAUACGAGAUUGCCGCGAGUGCUCCCUUCAGUUUACCCUGCGAUGAGGAGACUCAUCAUCAGUCAGCUGAGCGUCAACUCAAUCACUCGACUCAAGAUAACCGGAAGGACCGACCGUUGAAACUCAAUGCGACAUUUGAUUCUGCUGCUUCAUGAAGAACACCUUAAUGAUACUGAACAAACACACCGGAAGAAAUUGGAUGUGCUUGUUCAAACAUAUUUUGGAAUCCAUGGAUUAUUAUUUGAGAUUGUGGUGCUGUUCCUAGUUUAGCAUUUGGAUUUUCAUCCACUACUGACAUGGACAAAAAAGUGAAGAAAUGGAG